AUGUCAUUGGAAAAUAUCUUCGAAUCUUUUUCAGCUAUUAACAGUUCACCAUUAGCGAAUGGCUCAUCUCAACACUCUGAAUUCAGUAUCAAUUUAGAAAUUCAGUUGAAAGAAGCACAAAUUGAACGAGAUGAAGCUGUAGAAGAUCGUGAUCGGCUCUUUAAAAUUCUUGAACGACGCAGCAUGGAAAUUGAACGACUUGAAUCUGAAUCAAAGAAAAUAAGAAAUCAGCUGCAAGAAUCAAUAAAUGCAAAAUGCGAAGCAGUUCGAAAAUGUGAAGAAAUCCAACAACAAGUCACUGAAUCAAAAUUUAAGGAAAAGAGGUUUAUGCAUGAAAGAACUUUGGCUCAAAAUAAAAUCGAAAUGUUGACAAAUGACUUGACCAAAAAUGUUCAAGAGCUUCAACAGUCUCAAAAAGAAUCAAUGCUUUUAGAAAGAAAAUUGCAUGAAAAAUCAUCAGAACUACAAACAUCAAUUAUGAAUGAAGCACAAUUAAGAGAAUACAAUGAAAUACUUGCUACAAAAGUUGAGGAACUGACAACGCAAAUUUUAAAAAACAAUGAAGAUUUCUCAGUGUCAAUCAAAAGAUAUAAACAAGAAUUAUCAUCAAAAUCUCGUAUUGUGGAACUGUUCAAAGAAAAAUCUGAAGAUUUCAUGAAUGUACACAAAGAAUUGACAACAGUUGUGGCUGAACAUACAGAAUCGAGCCUCUCGAUUGCAGAAGUUUAUUCAAUGUAUGUCAAUGCCAGUGAAGAUCUAGAUGUUCUUAACUUAGAACAUGAAAAGUUAAAGGAAACUUUAACAGCUGUUGUGCACGAGAUUGAGGAAAGAGCGCCAGAAAUUAAAGAUACUCAAAUUGAAUUGAGAAAUCUUCGUAAAGCCUACCAGAUGCUAAGUACUGAGUAUCAAGUUGUGAGAGAUGAAAAGCUCAACGCGCAACAAAAUAACUUAAUUCAUAAUUUAAACCAAAAAUGUAUGAAAUUGCAAAUAGAAAACAAAAAUUUAAGUUCACAAGUUUGUCAACUGCUCGAUGGAAUUGAAGACAAGUCAAUAAUUAAGGGUCUUGAUCAAGAUUUUGAAGGAGAAAUCGACAAUGUUGAAGACAACAACGUAAAAUUAUUCGAAUUGGUUCGAGAAUUGACCACUGUGAUUCAACAAGUUGACGGAUUUAAAGCAAAUGAUCAAGCUGAAAUCCCUUCAAUUGCUGCAAACUCAAAUCAAGAUGAAUUAAUGGAAGUUUUUCAUAUCGAGAACGAUUUAGAAAAAUCCGAACAUGACAUCACAAAAUAUGAAGAAAUGCUGAUAAAAAAAGAUUUAAUCAUUAAACAGCUCAGCAAUCAGCUUGACGAGAUAAAGACUCAACGGUCGGAUACAAACUUCAAUCUUCACUUGGAACUUGGACAUAAAGAGGCUCAAUUAAAGAUCCAACAAAAGAAUUUCGACAUGACUAAGAAGAAACUUCAGAGUUUGGAGGAUAAAACUAUGAAUUUAGAAACAACAGUCGCCAAACUUGAAACAUCAUUAACACAUUUACAUGAUGAACUUCAAAACUGUUCAUCAAAGCUUAGCGAAUCUGAAACAUUGGUCCUAAAUUUGACAAAGGAAAACAAAAAUUUGAUCAAAUUGGAAGCUGAACUCAGAACUGAAAAUGAAAUGCAUAAAAAGCAACAAAUCUUUCAAACUCAAAUGAUGAGCAGCAUAGAGUUAAUUAAAGUAACUCUUGAACGACAAGAAAAUGUCAAAUCUCUGUCAGAAAUGGCAAAGCUAUUGGAAGAAGAGAGUAGAAAAUGUGAAGAACUUGAAAAAAUGCUUGAAGAUGAACAAAAAAUCUUAGAAGAAUACGAAAUUCAUGCAAAUGCAACAAUCGAAGAACUUGAUGGUGAACUUCAACGACUUCAGAAUAAAUUGUCAAUGGCCAUUCAAGAAAUUGACAGAAAAUCAAACCAAAUUCAAGAAAAAGAUGAAUCAACAAAAAUUUUGAUUGAACAGGCACAAAGCAUUAUAACAAAAUUAAGUGAAGAAAAUGAGAAGCUGAAAGAGAAAAAGGACGAAAUUGAAAGGAAGUUAAACGAAUUAGUUCAAAAAGAUUUAUUAGAUUUCAUCUCAUGCAUUGGAUCAUUUUCAAAUUUGGAAGCUUUCGUAUCAGCAAAUGACUUCGUCGAUACUCAAAAUGAGCAAACUGAAUUUAAAGCAGUUGCACAAAAACGACGACGUGAAGAUGAAGAUUUUGAUGAUGAAGCUAAAAAUGAAGAAAUAUUUUACGAAAUUGCUGCUGAAAAACGAGUUAAGACCGAGGAAGUCGAGGAAUUUGAUAGAAGUGAUGAGCAAAACAUUGACAAAGAUGAAUUUGGAACUGAGAUGAAUUUACAAAAUGAGACGAAUGUGGUUGAGGAACCACUUGAAAAUUUCGGAAUUAACAGCAGCGAGGAAUUAGAUGAUGAUGCAGCGAUCGAAGAAAAUUUUGAUCAAAUUUUUUCUGAAAACUGUGAUUUUAUUUCAAUUGAUUAA